AACCGCUCAUUUUCCAAAGAGACAAUCGUUGCUAAGCAACAAUAUGUAACAAAAUAUUCAUGUCUAUGAUGAGAUUAAGGCACAGGAUUUAUUUCUAAUAUUACGUCAACAAUCUCAUAUCAUUUACUUAUUGUAUAAACAGUCAAGCUUUGAAUUAACAUUUCUGUGAGUUAAGUUUCCUCCUUAGCGUAACGUAUACCACUGUCUCUCGAACUAUAAACAAAAUGAGGAUUAUUAGUGAAAGAUUCUGAAAAAUAAAGGUAAUUUAAAGAAAAUGAUUAUCUGCAUAGGUCCAAAAAAUGUUGGCAAAACAUUGCUACUGCGUAGAUUGCAGCAAAAGGACAUUUAUUGUAAUAUGUUUGAUGAAGUAUUUUCAACUGUUCCCACAGUAGGUGUGAAUAUUGCACAGAUUGUCUUUGAAAAAUUACGGAGACUUCAGAUUAGUGAAUUAGGUGGAACAAUGGCAGCAAUAUGGCCCAUGCAUUACAAUGGAUGUAAAGGAGUUUUAUUUUUAGUAGACAGUUCUAAUUUGCAACAAAUAAGUUGUGCUACAAUACUUUUGUUAGAAGCAUUAAAGCAUCCUUCACUUCAAAAUGCAAGAUUUCUUAUCAUUUUGAACAAAACAGAUAUUACUGUAUCUACAACUAUUUCAGAAAUGAAAUAUUUAUUAAGACUUGAUGAUAUUUGUCUUCAUGCUAAACAGAACAUUGAAGUUAUAGAAUCCAGUUGUUUAACUGGUAAAGGGUUAAAAGAUAUCAAACAAUGGUUACAAGAAUUUUGAUCUUAAAUAAAUUUUGAUUUUUAUAUUAA